UUUAAUAAAAUAGUAAUCGAUAAGGCAUCUGUGGAUUGCUAUUAUCGACCUAAAGCUGGAGUGCCAGGUGUACAGGAUAGAUUACGGGAAUCGGUCAUUAGAAAUAUCUGUGAAAUUGCAGUUGCGAUCUCUUUAUACCCGAGAACCGCCGUGUUAGUGAAUGUACAAGAAAUGCAAAACCGCGGACAGUUAAUAUCGUGUGCCAUAAACGCAGUAUCAUUAGCAUGUCUUGAUUCGGGAAUAGACAUGAAGUUUGUUUUUGGUGCAGUAUCUUGUUUCCUGUCAAAUAAUGGGGAACUCAGUUGCAUUCCCUCUAUUAAUGAGGACACUGUUAAAGCUAUGUUGGUGUUUGUUUUCAAUAAUACAACUGGAGGGAUAAUUGCGUCGCAUACUGAAGGCUGUUUUAGCAUUGAACAGUAUAAAAUAGCAUUAGAGAUGUGUAGAAAGGAAAGUCAAAAUGUAUUUAAAUUUAUUAAAACAUCAUUGCUGGCUGCUGAUAAAUUAUAGUAGAAAUGUGAUUUAUUUUAUUGGCUAGACAUCCGCGAUAGUGCUCCCUAGAAUUCCUCGUUUUACAUUUUUUUUAUUACACAUUUCUGUAUAUCCAAUUAAUUCCCGAAUAAUCUUAGACUUCGUCUUCCUGUUAUAGAUGUCGGGCAAUGGUGUUUGUUGUGUUGUUUGUCCUAAAAUAGUUAUCCUACGUUUAUGAAUCGUUAAUGUUGAUUGCAAUGCAAUAAGGAAAAGAACCAUGUAAUACAUUGUUUCUUAGAAUUACUGUAUGAAAUAAGAACUUUUAAUUUAGAAAUGUUUUAAUUUUCAAUUCGAUAAUUGAUAACACAGUCAAUCAACCAUUUAGAACUCCUAUGUUUUAAUUCCAUCAUGUUGUACAUCAAAUCUGGAGCAUGUUUUUCUUCAUAUAUAAUGAAAUUGCAGCACUGGAAAGUACUAGAUCCUAAUAUUGAGAAAAAGGGGUGCACUACUUCACAAGUACUAGCGGUAGGUGGCCUGUGCAAUACAUUUCCUCCACCAGCUUUGAUCAGUCUGAUAAUAUGUUCUUUAUCUAGCUACAAUGCAAUAAAUACGUCAAUAUAAGUAG